AUGAACGAACGACCGGUAUCACCCUGCAAGGGCGUGGAUGGUGGUGGUGACCACGGACAGUCGCCGUCGAACGAUCGAACGAGUGGUGGCUCAGGGCAGCCCGGUCAGGCCCCUCGCGUAUCACAGUCGUCUCCGGUUCUGAACGUAUUUAGCGAUGAAUUCUCGCUUGAACGACUGGAUGGUUCGUCCGGCAGCCAGAGGCAGUCGAUCAACAGCCUCUCGAGCCAGUCGUCGUCGUCGAGUUCGGGCAAGACAGGGUCGAGGGAUGGACAGGUUCCCCCCAUGAGCCCCUUUCAAGGUCUACCAGAGUCACUGGAAAGACGCGCCUCACAGCUGCUACAACAGCAGCAGUUGCAACAACAGACAGUCCUACCACAGAUGCCUGAUAAGAUACAUUUCCCUCCGGAUGUAGGACCUGUCCCCCGAACAUCCUCACCCACGGUUUCUAUCGCUCAAAGUACUGCAUCUGCCGGCCAUCGAAGUGUUAGCACCGUAUCCAGAUUCUCCAUCCCUCCUCGCGCGUUGAGCCCCUAUACCGGCCAGACAGGGCCCAGCUACCCGUAUGCUAUGUAUUCCCAAGGAAUCUCCAUGAACAGGGCGUCAUCGAUCUCUUCAAAUUCAACGGUCCGGCCUGUUGAACGAAAUUUCGUGGCAGCUGCCCCCCCGCAGCAUCCAUACGCGCUAUAUUCCCAGAAUACCGUCCCCGAACACGUUCCGGACGAACCUCUUCCCGCAGCCGUCCCUCUACCCCUGCCUGGCCAUCCUCAAGUAUACAGUCAACCUGCCCCAGCCCCUGUUGCGGACGAAGUUGGAGAUAUCUUGGGAACAGAUGGAUAUAGAGAACAGCUCCCCCCUUACUCUCGUUAUCCUGAUGGUAUCCCAGAAAAAUCUUACUACGCUCCUGCUGCGCCCCUCGGCGUUGCUCCCACUACCAAUACCCCCUCACAGGCUCUAGAAACACCCGUCUCACCGAUAUCAGAAGUUUCGUCCCGCACAUUACUUGCUGAUAAUAUCCACACAGCUGCGGCUUCUCCAGCAGACUCGUCGACUGCCGAGUCAGGGAACACAUCUCAGGAGAAGAUUAACGAAAAGGAAAGGAGAAGAAAUAAAAAAGUCUGCUGUGGCCUGCCUCUAUGGAUCAUUGGCCUCAUUGCCAUCGGCCUAAUCACCGGAACUCUUAUCGGGGGUGUCCUUGGUGGAAUUGUAGGAGCUCGUCAAGGCCAGAAAGACAGCGAUAAACCCCCUCCAGACCCAGAUCAUGAACCAUCAAUGACCGCAACGCCAACUUCGACAUCCAGCGGCACUUUGGAUGCCAUACCUUUCCCGACCGUAACCAAUAUUCCUACUUUUACUCCUAUCCCCACGGGGGAUAUCUCAAUCUCCGGAAGAACGUUCAAUUCCCUGUCUCAAAGCUGUGUCAAUUCAACCAGCCUCAAGCUGUCUUGGGACUGUAUAGAUUAUGGCCACUUUAAAGGCUCUAUAAUCAGCGGUCCCAAAGACUCUAGAUCAAUCAGAUUCGUACAGACGCCUCUAACGGGAAAAUUCAUAUAUGGAGACCAAAUACCAGCUCUAGGGAACAAAGAUUAUCCACUAGAGCCUGUCUAUGACUCGAAAUCCCUUGAUGAAGGGCCAGCCUACUUCUUCUAUACCACGUUCGACAAGCUAGUUAUAAUACCAGAUGACCAAUUCCCAUCUGGUGUCGCCGGUAGAUCAGUGGAUGAAUCAGCGCUAUUUCAACGUUCUACCAACCGAUCAGGGAAGGUCCAAUCCUUACCCGGUGACAAGCCAUGGUUUUGCUGGUGGAAUACCACAUACAUAGAAACCUUCAUUUACGCCAACAAGAAUGCAUCAGAAGAUGAUAUGAUGACUAGCGGUGAAGAACCUGGAGGCGGCACAUAUACAUCAGAACCAACUGUUCCUCGGGAAUCCACCCUUGUCAGUUCAUCCACUUCCCCUACUUCGACGCCUAUCGCCACAACAUCCGGCGAGAAUGGCGAUUUACCACAAGCAUAUGCACGAGCCAUUAAAAUCAAGGAACUUCGAUUCUCCGACGCUAGCCCAUCGCCACCUUAUUGCCAGCAGAUGCAAGUUCUGGACGACUGGAGCCUGUCAAUGCUCAAGAACCAAGCGACGAUUGAAGAAAAAGAUUCUGAAUCAGGUCCAGACGUCGACGAUGUCGAUAUUAAUUCGAGAAUGGCCGCAAGGACCAUCCUGAUAGGAUCGAGAGGCGUCGAAUCUGACCAAUGUUAUUGUGAAUGGAUAUAUGGUAACUGA